AUGAGUUCCCGUGGCAGAGGAGGGUUUAAGAAAUAUAAACCUAGAGGCCGUAGGAGAUUCGCUACAGAUGAUGAAGUUAUAGCUAGGAAUGAGCAAAAGAGUGCUUCCGAAGAAUCCAGCCCUGUUGAGGAGUCUAUUCACACAGACUCAUCAGAUUCAGAUUCUUCAGUUGGCGAUAACAAUAGAAAAGGUAUACCCCAGUUGAUUGAUAAAUUCAAUCCUAAUCACCAAAAAUUGAAUGUAGAAAAGACAGGUGUAAUUGAGCUUAGCCGGAGGGAGAGGGAGGAACUAGAGAGGCAGAGGAGAGAAAGGAUUCAACAUAAACUCCAUAUGCAAUGUAAAACUAAGGCUGAUCAAGAAAAUCUGGCUAGACUUGCUGAGAUUAGGAAAAGGCGAGAGGAAGCAGCGAAGGCUAGGAAUGCAUCAAAAUCAGACAAGAAUGCAGAGGAUCCCAAAGAAUCUAAUUUAACCAAAAAUUUCAAAAAUUGUCCCACAAUAAUGCGUAAUUUGGAGGAGGAUUUUGACUUUCUCUCCCUUAAUUAA